AUGAGCUUCUCCACCAAAAACUUAUCGCCACUUGAUGGUCUCAGACGCAACUCGGAAGACAUCGGGGCCACACUAGAUCAGCAUUCUGACGUGUUGGUUUUACGCGAACGAGAAAAUAGCAUAAUAUCGUUAGAAUCAACACAAACAACUGAGAGACUCUUAGAUCGUCUGGAAUUGAGUGCUGAUGACGAGGCAUUACUAGAGCAAGCGCUGAAGGAAGCUGAAAACCGGAGGAUAGAGGGUUUCAACAAUAGUGAUAAACGUGCCAUUUGUGCACCAGCAUCAGGGUUCCCGUCAUUGCGCAAAACGAGCGCAUCAAGUAGUCAUACCAAUGGAAGUGAUUUCAAACCACUCUUCAAUAUACUCAGCGAGCUCUCAGAGAAGGAAAAAAUCAUAUUGACGAGGAAAAAAGAGGUUGAGCUACAUUGUUCUGGAAGUAGGUACUCGUAUUUCGUAGAGGAGGACAGUGAUGAGGGACCGGACGGAUCCGUUCCCGAGUAUCUUCUCAGCUCAGAGGGCCGUGCCAUAAAUUUCGAGAAAUAUCGAACUAGAGCCCCUGUCCAGAACUCGGUAUCAGCAUCGGCAUCCCAGACCCCGGAACCCAUUUCCAUUGCCAAAGUCCCGGCAAUGCGAAGUCCGAUGGAUUCAAGCCGCACUUCAGCAUCUCAGCAUUCGGGUCAAAUACUCUUGAGCAAUUCUUCCCCAGCAGGGUCCAAACACCUCAUAAAGCGCACACAGUCUUCGACAGAAAGUAUGGUUUCAGGAGACCUCGAAACCAGGGCGAAAACUUUCGAGGAUUCGCCAAGAUGGAAGUUUAUAACUCCCAAGAAGUCAGCAGCACCUGCCUCCGCUUAUCAUCAAAAUUCCCAAUCACCUUCAAAAGGCUUCAGCGAAAAUUCCAAGGGACACAAGAAGAAGCCCUCUUUUUUCUUCAAAAACCUGUUCAAGUCGCCAAAAGUCGGUGAUUCACGUUCUGCACCUUCAAAAGGACAGUCCAAUGAGUCAACUCCACCUUCAACCCCAACGGCUUCCCAGUUCAGGUUUCCCCCACUGCAACUUGAUGAUGUUGGCACGCACAAAUUUUACACCAAUGCACCUGCGACAGCGUCCUCAGAGAACGCGCCCCGGCCCUUUCUCUCGAGAGACCAACAUUUUGACCACAAUAGGGCUUCUUCAGACACUAAUGUUUAUUUUUCCCGCAGGACUGAAUUUGCCAACUCAAAACGCAUUGCGCCAGACGUGAUCGGUUUUGAUACAAAGCACAAUGUGGAUCUUAUCCGACCCAGAACACAUGAAGCGGUGACAAAGCCUUUGUAUAAAGAUUAUUUGUCGAACCCUGAGGCAAGAAUAAGGAUGGUCAUCGACCUUAGAAAUCGGGGCAACUUGAAGGAGUCUACGGAACAUUUAAAGGCGCUUUGCGAAAUGCAGAAUCCGACUGGGUUUCUUCUUUUCGGACUCGCGCUGAGGUUUGGAUCUGGCGUGAAAAAAGACUACAGGCAGUCAUUUCAAUAUCUAAAAAAGGCGGCUGACGUUCACUGUGAAGAGAAGGAAGUGUUUCGGCUGGAUAUAGAUCCGUUCAAGUUGACGGAUGUUCCACACGUUCCGCCCGAACCCAGGGCCCCUGCACUAUAUGAGUGCGGAAUGUCGUAUCUCAAAGGCUACGGCGUUGAGGAGGUCGACGAGGUGAAGGGUCUCAAGUACCUCGAAAAGGCGGCUGCAUUGGGCCAUCUCGAUUCGAUGUGCUUGAGCGGGACGGUAUGGUCCAAAAGUUCCAAAAUACGGCGCAAAAACAAGGCUAGAGCUGCAGCUUGGUUUCGAUUGGCUGAUAGAAGAGGAGCAGAUCUCAUAGGCGCCGAUUGGAUAUACAAGGACAAGUAUCAAAGUCGAAGCAUCGACAGUUUGUAA